AAACUCUGGAGUUUACGAGUCGUGGUCACUUUGAAGUUUGGUUGGUAUCUUUUGAGUAGAAGGACGACUAUUCUUGCCAUCAUGUGGAAGUUUGUGGUAGCCUGCCUUUGUCUGGCAGUGGUAGUUCGUGCCGAUGAUGGCUUGGUAAUCGAUACGCUUUUCAAGCCCGAGGAUUGCGGAGAAGUGAGCAAAUCCGGUGACUCCCUGGGCAUGAAUUACAAAGGAACAUUGGCAUCAAAUGGUGAAGUAUUCGAUGAAUCUCGCCCCGGCUCCCCCUUUACGUUCACUAUUGGAGCAGGACAAGUCAUCCAAGGCUGGGACCGUGGUCUGCUGGAUAUGUGCGUUGGAGAAAAGCGCAAGCUGACAAUCCCACCCGCCCUUGGAUAUGGUGACCAAGGUGCUGGCAAAAUUCCAGCAGGAGCAACUCUCAUUUUCGAAGUGGAACUGCUUUCACUGAACGAGGCAGCUCCCGAUGCUGCAGGUGGUGAGGCCGGUUUGGAGAGUCUGUUCAAGGGAAUGGAUAAGGACAACAGUGGUGGAAUCGAUAAGGAAGAGAUCAAGAUAUACCUCAACAGUCAGGGAGGCUUCCAAGGUGAAGAGAAUAUUGAUGAUAUUGUGGAAGAAAUUUUCAAGGCUGAAGACAAGAACAACGAUCAGCUGCUGACUCUGGACGAAUUCGGACCAGACAACUCAGAACCAGAAGUAGCCCACGAUGCAGAAGAAUUGUAAAUUAAAAACUAAAUUAGUUUCCAGUUUUUAAUCAUAACAUUUUUCUUCUAGUAUUUUAGCCUGUUUUAGUGACAUUGCCGGUACCCAACUGCUCUAACCUAUGGACUGCCCAUCACCGUGCUAAUCCUCCAUCAGUGGAAUUUUGUACGCUAUACCCGUUUGUGUAAAAUGUGAGUGUUGUGAAUGA